AAUGGAGGUAGGUCUUUUUGUUUAUGUUUGAUGACGGAUUAAGAUGCAAGUGAUAGGAAAGCCAGGUACUACGUUAAGAGCAGCAUACCUGGCCCAAAAAAAAAAAAGAAAAAGGUGUCGAAUGGGGAUGAAAUUUCAGCAACGCCGCAAUUGGGAUAGGCAUAAAAGUUUGGAUGGAUGGCAAAGCAAAACCAUGGUGUCAAAUAAUACCAAAGUAUUCCAAACUCAACUUACCCCCCCUUCCUUUGUAUGUCUUCUAUGCAGUAUCCUGCACCGACAAUGUCCAGUGCUAUCCCUAUCGCAACAAUACUCCGUUUGCUUGGCCCAAUCUAGCCUGUGACCCAAACCUUUGCUUUGUUAUCAGUGCAAAUGGUUCCCCUGCACCAUCACCGUCUGUUAUCCCUAACAUCACUAGUACUGUUGACCCAGGGGCUACAGCUACUCCCAGCUCGUCGCCUGAUUCUGGCGAUAACUUCAUCACCACCGGUUCAAGCAAAGUGUCUGUCACUACCAUUGCCUUAAUUGCUGUCAGCUCGUUGCUCUUCUUACUCGGCUUAGCAUGGCUCACAAGAAUCAUCACCAAAUGCAGAUUAUGUCCAACUCCGUUCUUUCAAAGAAGGGAUGAACAGUCACCCGUCGUUGCUACCACUGAUUUAUCAUCGCAUCAUCCAGAUAACCAAAGCACUACGUCGUCCAACCUGACUGAACCAUUGCCUGUCUACGUACCUCCUGAUGCUCCCCCUCCAAAAUACGAAAAUGCCAUUGUCAAUCAGAUACGAGAAACUCGCGUAUACCCUGUUGUGGACGAAAGCACUUGGGUGGAUGGACUAGAGCGUGGUGAAGCCAACGAGUCUUCUUCCACCAGUGAAAUGCGUCAAGUGAAUCCUCCGUCAAGAUCUAUGUUCAACUGGCGAUGAGACAAAUGGGCGAAACGGCAUGAAAUGAAAUGAGUAUAUCCAGUUUUAUUCUGUACAUAGUACACUUUUUUUUUUCUUUUCAGUCAGCACAUCCCAGCAUUGAAAGCAUAUCAAUGCAUUUGACAUGGCAGCCUCGUAGCAAUUCUUUUUUUUCUUUCUUGUUCAAAAUGCACAUAUCUCAUUCAUCCAUCCCACCUUACCUGUAUACAUUUUUCUUACUUUUGACACCAUGUGGUUUCUCUUUUCUUUAAAAACAUACCUUUAUUUACCACCACUAUUUCAAUUCUAUUACUAUCCUUCAUACUUAGUAUUGUCAUGAACAAAGAUACGUUGCAAUACAUUGCAUGAUACAGUAAAUUCUCAUGCGCGGUGUACCUUCAUUUCGUACUCCGCAGCCAUUUUGAGCAUUGCGACGAGUCCCAUUUCAACGGACAUCCGUCAUUUGGAACACUAUUGCCAAAAGAAAUGCAUCAUGC